AUGAAUGAUUUGAAGUCAAACCUACAAGAUGAUGAAGUCCUGAUCCACGUAGAUUUUAGCGAGAAUUAUUGCACUAAAUACGCAAAAGAAAUACAGGCCUUUCAUUUCGGUGGAUCUCGAGUACAACUGAGCCUGCAUACCGUAGUAGUUUACCUACGAAAUUCCAUCCUUUCUUUUUGCACAGUCUCUGAGAACAUAGCCCAUUCAACUGCUGCCAUUUGGACACAUCUACGACCAAUUUUCAAGACUCUUCCACGUGGCAUCAAACGAGUGCAUUUCUUAAGCGAUGGCCUUGUAACGCAAUAUCGUAAUAAAACUAUGUUUUUUAUAAUGGCAACCAAACUCUUUAAAGAAAUUCCAGAUAUUGAAAACUGUACAUGGAACUACACCGAAAGUGGCCAUGGAAAAGGUGCACCGGAUGGUAUUGGAGCAACGUGCAAAAGAACAGCUGAUUUUGUUGUUAAUUCUGGAGGCGACAUCAACAAUAUUGAUCAGUUUGUUAAAGUGAUCGAAGAACGAUGUCUUGGCAUCACAUGUAUUGCAAUCGACGGUAAACACAUCCAGGCAAUGGUCGAUCAAGUUGAAGAGGAAGCGGCCGAUAAGAAGGGUUUUAAAGGCACUUUAAAUGUGCAUCAGCAUCAUUGCAACAGCAGUGAAUCUUGUGAGCAUUAUAAGAUUGUAAAACCUAGAUGGACAGUAGAAGAAGUGUUUACAGAGUCUGAACCGGCAGAUCUUGAAACUGCUAAGCCUGAAUUGAUACCUGCACCAAACAAGUUCCCUCAAAGAUUUGAUGAUGUUAUAGCAGGAACAAGUGGUACUCGGAAUUCAUAUUACAAUACUGGAGAUUACGUCCUUGUUAAAUAUCCAGCUAAAAAUGUAGAAUAUCGUUAUGCAGCCGUAAUUAAUGAGAUUGAUGACGAUGAAGACGACAAAUAUCGAAGCAGAACUGAAGAAAUAGUUAAAAAAGUUCUCUUUCCUACAUCUCCAUUGCGAAAUAUUUCCAAUAAUCAAUAUUUUGAUAUGUCAACGGUAAAUAUAUCUGAAACAGAUCCAGUUCCUGUAACUCCUGUAAAAGUUAUUUUAGAAGAUACUGAUUCAAUUUAUCUACCAAGUUCUUCGUACACAGAAUUAAUACCAAUGAAAAUUCAGUGCAAAAAGUCUGAUGUGAAUACUAAUAUAGAAAUAGGAGGUACGCAACAAGAGGAAGUUUCAGAAUUGGUUUCAGAAGCUGCCACUUUCAGUCCAAUUUCUGAAUAUCCUAAUCCACAGCAGGAACCACAUUCAUCAUCUGAAGCACAAAACACAUAUCAAGCAAUACAACAACCUUUAUUGCAACUACCUCCAACGAAAGUACAAAAGCCUCCAGAAAUAGUAUCUACAUCUGCACAGGCAAGCACAAAAUGA